AUGGUGAAUUCCAAAGACUGGAGUUACGGAUGUGAACCCAAUUCUCAAAUUUGCAGACCUGAAGACGAAGAUUUUGUCGAGCUUCGAUAUGUCGAAUUCUUCUACGGCUACGAUAUCCGGUACCACGAAAACUACACCCUGGAUGCUUGCAAAACCGAUUGCUUACAUGAUUGUGCUUGCAAAGGCUUCCAAUUUGGAUACGUUGUUGAUGAUGUUGGAACCUAUUAUUGCUACAUUAAGACUUUUCUGUAUAACGGAUACCAAAUGGGAUUCUACAAUUCGAUGUAUAUCAAACUACCAAAAACAUUUGUUUCAUCUUUUAAGCAGAAACCCAUGAACAAAUCCAACUUUCAUUGCUCAGGAACAACAGUCACACCCAUUAUAAGAUCCUACGAAAAUAAACCGGAUAACAAGAUACUUCGAUUCUUGCUCAUAAUCGGAUGUGUCAUCGCGUUUAUCGAGAUCAUUUGCAUCAUCUUUUUCUGGAUCAAGACCCGUAAAAGCCCAGUUUUAGCCGAUCAAAGUUAUUCCCUGGCUGUAACACCAUUCAGAAAGUUCACAUAUCGCGAGCUGAAGAAGGCGUCGAGUAACUUUAGGGAUGAGAUCGGACGAGGUAGCGCUAGCAUUGUGUAUAAAGGAAGAUUAGCCGAUAACAGAGUUGCAGCUAUUAAAAAGCUCAAGAGCAUGGCUAACAAGCAAAAUGAAACUGAAUUUCAAGCGGAAAUUAGCACAAUUGGGCGACUGAACCAUAUGAAUUUAAUCGAAACAUGGGGUUAUUGUGCCGAAGGACCACAUAGACUUAUCGUUUACGAGUACAUGGAAACGGGCCGUUGGCUGAAAAGUUACGCGAUGGAGCUUGAUUGGGACAUCAUUUUUGAAAUCGCAAGAGGUACAGCAAAAGGAUUGGCGUACUUACACGAAGAGUGCUUGGAAUGGGUCCUUCAUUGUGAUGUGAAGCCUCACAACAUAUUGUUGGAUGGAAACUAUAAUCCUAAAGUUGUGGAUUUCGGGCUUUCAAAACUGUUGGAUAGAGGUGACAUCAAGAAAUCAAGAUUCUUAACAAUUAGGGGGACUCGAGGCUACAUGGCACCCGAAUGGGUGUUCAAGCUUCCAAUCACAUCGAAAGUCGAUGUGUAUAGCUACGGAGUGGUGGUUUUGGAAAUGAUAACGGGUCGGGGCCCAGGAGGGAAGAAGCAACGGGCUGAUCAUGAAGAUGGUGACCUUGAGCUCGGUGUGGUCGAGUGGGUGAGGGACAGGGUAAGAGAUGGUGAUGGAAGUGCUUCGGAAUCUUGGGUUGAGGAUGUCCUAGAUGGUUUGAUAGGCGGCUAGUUUGAUCGAGAGAUGAUGGAAAAUCUGGUGAGAAUUGCAUUGCAAUGCGUAGAGGAUGAUAUGGAGGUUCGACCCACAAUGAGUUGGGUGGUUAACAGGCUUCUACAUCCAGAUAGGAUAUAUAACUGA